AUGGCUGUCUUCAAGUUCACGCUGGGCGUCCUCGCCCUCCUCCUGAUCUCUGACUGCUCCUGGGCCGAGGAGAAGGUGAGGAGGCUUUAAAGUAUCUCUGCUCAGGGUUUCAGAAGGAGAAGAUCGGAAGUAUAGAGACAGGUUAGUUUAGUGGCAGAUGAGAGCGGAGAGAAAUUUACGGAGUUUGUAGAUACAGAGGAAAUGAGAGUCUGCAGAAAUACGUCUGUGAGCAUUAAAAUGUUUGCAGAAAAGAGUGAGUUCAUGACAUUUUGGAGAUUUUUUAAUGUGCCAGACAUCGAUUAUAUUAAAGUUAAACUGUGAACUUUUCUUAUCAUGAGACAGAAUAAAAAUCUGGUAAAUGUUUUUAAUAAUAGUGACGGUUUUAAAAAAGACUCACAUGGAAAUACAGAUUUACACCAGAAGACAAUUCAGUGAGCUGAACCAACUCUGACACUGAUGUCAGUAUUUAUUAAUGUUGAAUAAUUAUCAAAUAGACUAAAUAUGGCACUGGGAGCCACUUAAAAUGAAUGUUUUUAUAGCUGCAUGGUUUUAACUUAAAUUUAAUUACUUUUUUAAAAACAUAAACUUUAAUAAUGAAUAAAAACUGUUAAAAUUCAAACAUUUUGUCCCCCCAUAAAAAACACUGUACUGAUCUUAACUUCCUGCUGUCUGUUUAUCUGUCGAAUUAAAAUGACGUGAACACAAAAAUCAUUUUUUCAUUUUUCUAAGUUUAUUUUCUGAAGUUAUUUUUUUUACAAACAGGCUUAAUCUGUGAUAACUCUACGGAAGAGGAUUAGGGCCAAUAGAAAAAAAAAUUAACUCUUAUAAAAAACACAGACAGACAGAUUUCUUGUAAACUUCACCUUUCGCUUUUUCACCAGUCUGUUCUUUUUCUUUUCCUUUUGUAGUUUUAUCAUUUGAAGCUUAUGUGAAGAGUUUUUUUUUUUAAAUAAAGGAAAAGACUGAAAUUUAGUUUAAUGUCUUUUUAUAAUAAACAAAAGCAGAAAGGACCAGCAACCAUGCAGUACAGUUUAUUUACUCUUUUUCUUGCUGUGAUUACGACUUAAAUUCAGAUGUUUUCUUUGGGCUUUAUGUCAGGUGGUCAUAGUCCCAACCCCAGAGUUGAAAUUAGGAUUAACCUCACUCAUUAAAGGAGGAAUAGACAGGAUAACAGGUCAUAAUCUGUAACCUUCACAGCGACCAGUCUGCAGUAUUUUGUAGACCACCUUAAAAAUACCUUUGGACAAUAAAAAACAGGCUUAAAUGUUGAAAGAGAAAACUGUUCAAGUGAGUCCAAAAUCACUCCAAAAUCACUUAGUAAUAUCAGUAUUAUGGAGAAAAUAAGAUCCACUGAUUGUGUCCACUGAGGGCCUCCAUACAGACCUCUCAUGAGCAGAGAGUCAGUUCACUGUGAGUGAUCACCUGUCUCUGAUCCAGGAACCGUCCGUCUCUGAGCUUCUGUGGAAGGCCAACAAGGACGUGGGUAAGACAAAAACGUCUGAACAAGAGUCUAAUAAAAACAGUCAAACGUUCAGUCACUUUAGGGUCUAAAUGUCUUUUCUCCUGCAGUGCGCAGGAAGGACGAGCCUUUGGUCAUCGACGACAUCGCCUACGACAACGAAAACGAGAGAAACGCUGAUCCCUGCACCUCCAGGGGCUGCAUGUGGGGAAAAUCGGCCGAUGGGAAAGUCUACGUGCCUUAUGUCAUCGCGGGACAUUACUGUGAGUGACCAAACAGCCCUUUAGGACCCACUAAGAGGGGCUUUAAGCUGUUACUGUGACCUAAAAUUAAAAGAAAGGAGACUUUUUUAGGAGGGACUCUGCUGAGCCGCUGUAGUCCUGUAAGGGGGUUAUCAGUAUCCUGUGAGUCCAGACACAGACUGGAAUUUCCCAGGUCGAUAACUUGUCAGCAGAUCGUUGCAUCUAAAAAAAAAAUGACUUAAAUCUCCAGUGAGCAGUUUUUUGACGUAAGCUAGACCCAUAUUAACGCCUGCUCUGUCCACAGGGGGGCGCCAAAGUUGACACAGAUGAACAUGAUCUGCAGAGAAGCUGGUGAACCUGUUGUGUGUUAGCGUGUUUGUAAGCAUUCAGCAAACUAACCGUGUCUUCAUCUCUUUAGCUUCUCGUGAGCGCUCCAUCAUCGAGCGCGGCCUGACCUCCUUCACCGACGUCUCCUGCAUCCGCUUUGUCAAACGCAGCGGCCAGAGGGACUACCUCAACAUCCAGUCCGACAGCGGGUGAGGUUCCCUGCCGACUAUCUGCACCUCAUCGACCCAAACAGACACUAUACUUCACAAAUAAUGUGAAUCAAUUUGGUUGCAGUUGUUACUCGUACGUGGGUCGCCGUGGUUACUCCCAGACGUUGUCUCUGGACCGUCAGGGCUGCCUCUACCACAGCACCGUCCAGCACGAGCUCCUCCACGCCCUCGGCUUCAACCACGAGCAGUGCCGCUCUGACAGAGACCAGCACAUCCGCAUCCUGUGGGAGAACAUCCAGUCCGGUCUGGACUCUAACGAAAAAACAAAAUCAUCGAAUGUUUGAAGUUUAGAAAUCUGAAAGUGCAGCUGACCGAACGUCUGUCUUCCUCUCAGGCUGGGAGUACGCCUUCGACAAGAUCAACACUCUGAACCAGAACACCCCCUACGACUACAACUCCAUCAUGCAGUACCACAGGUCAGCGUCGGUCUCUUUGACGUUUCUUAAAAUCACGGACUCCACUUUCUGAAAAUCCAUCUAGUUUUUCCACGUCCCUUUUUAAUGACCUUUUUUCCCCCAUAUCGUAAAAAUACAAUAAAUGGCAUGACCUUAUAAAACUCAUAAGCGCUCAUUCAAAGUCAACGUUAAUGUUUUCUUAACUGAUCUGACCCUUCAAUCACACUUUAAAAUACUUUUCAUUUCUACUUUUUACUAAAUCUAAAUUAUUUGAACUUUCUUACUCUGUUUGUUUUUCCAGGUAUGCCUUCUCAGGUAACAACAAGCCCACGAUGGCGCCCAUCCCCAACGCCAACGUUGAGUUUGGCACGGCCAACCAGAUGAGCAAGAACGACAUCGCCAGACUGAACAGGCUCUACAAAUGUUAA